UGAAGUUUCUGCUAAGACAAUCAAAAAUUGUUGGCUCCAUACAAAAAUUAUAUCUCUUCGCGAUAAUGAUAGAACACCUAUUAUUCCUAUUUCUUCUACUUUUGUUGAUAACAAUGAAGCUGUAAAUGAAUAUUUAUCUGUAGAUCCAAAUGAUGCCAAUGACCUUCAGCAAGUGAUUGAUACAUUGUGCAUUCGCCAUCCAAUGUCUCUAGAAGAUUUGUUAAGAGCUGAAGAACAUGAAGUAUUACACCAGCAGUUUAAUGAGAAAGACUUUGUCCAGGCUGCUACAGAAAUAGAACAAGUAGAAGAUAAAGUUGUAACACCUUCUCUAACUGGAAAGGAGCAGUUGAAUAUUUUACGUAGUGCUUUAAAGAUUGUUGAUAAAAGAAUUGAUAAUGGUAGAGUAACAAUGAAGUUCUUAUGCAAACUACAAUCCUGCAUUUGUGAAGAGAUUCGAAAAGAGGAGGCUGAAAUACAGAUUUAA